UAAAUCGCUCUUACAAGAUUGAAAAAAAGAGUUGCAAAAUAAGUUGUCAAAUAAAAAAUUGAGUUACAAGUUUCAAUUUUUAGUGUGGUUGUUGAACUGACCCCUCUAUUUUAUCUCUUUACAUUUUCACACCCAAAGUCUUUUAUAUUAUUACAUAUCUUCCCCAUAAAUGGUCUUCAAAGUCUCCCAUUUGCUUCUCUUUUUACUAUUUGGGUCUCUCUCACUUUCUCUCUCUCUCUCAAUAUUGUUUCAGACGAAAAAUGUCACGAAGAGCAUGCAAACGAGUAAGUUUUUGUCCGAACCUAGAAGCCACAGAGGAACCCAUAUUCUCAAAACAUCACGACCGGAGAAAGGUGGUCCUGAUCGGCUUUCUCAGCUGCGGUCUAAGGAGCUCGCCUGCCGCGAGGAAGCUGAUGCAACGUAUCGGAGCUAGCUUCGCCAGAACACUGCGUUCUAUGUCCUUCGGGAGGAAUAAGACUGACAAAACGUCGUCCUCGUUCUUGCUGUUUUCGUCGUCUGCUUCUUCUUCAUCUUCUAUUUAUAUGAAAAGGUCAAAGUCUCUAGCUGAGUCGGAGUCUCACAGAGCAGAAGCUAUUGAAGACUGCAUUCAGUUCUUGAACUCUUCUUUUUCUCUGACAAGAUCAAACUCUGUCCCAACGUGGACUUCUUGAUCUGACCCGGUUCGGAUUCAAGGUCGGGUCAUUUUUAUGCUGUUUAAUUUUUAAAGAGAGUUUAGAAUUAAGAAUUGUGCAUUGUACAGGUGUGUUUUAUUUAUUUGUGUCUUUACAAUUCACAAAAAAAAAAAAAAAGAUUGCGAGUUUUGACUAGAAAACAAUAAUUGUUGAUCAUA